ACACUCUCUGAGACACAGUCCCUCAGCGGCAGCACGGUGCGCGCGCUGCUCCACAGCUGGACGCGCCGUUUCCCUCUUAUUUUUCUUCUUCUUGGUCUGGAUUUACUCUUAAAUAUUUCAUGGAUGAACUGAAGAGUUUCUGACAACGAGCCCGAGAGAGAUAUAACUAUAUAAACAUAUCCAAGUUACAGCAGCAGUCAGUAUUUUGAGACAGUUAUUGAUAUUUUGGGGAGUUCGUGGUAUUUGGAUAUUUUCUCCUGAUUAUCGAAUCGGAACCUGACCUUUUUGAGACCCAAGACAUUUUUAUAAAAACGAAAUUUUACAUCAUCUAUAUUUUUCUUUGGGAUGUUGAGCUCCGUGAAAAUGGAAAGUCAUGAAAUACCGGAGUGGAGCGGAUUUUACAGUGAGGCCAGUGAGAUGUAUUCCUCUGCAAGCGCCAUGAAUUCUGUGAGUAGUUACAUCAACCUGAACCCGGCUGGCUCGAGUGCCAGCAUGAACAUGGGAUACGGAAACCCAGGUCUGAACGCCAUGGGCGGAGCGGCCAAUCACAUGAACCUGGGCACAUCUUUAAACACAAGCCCAUUAACCCAAUUAAGCCCUUCAUCUACAUCCUUGGCUCCACUUUCACACUACCAAAGCAUGAAUCAGCCGAUCUCUCAGCUCAGUUAUCCAUCUCCACCAGCACUGAACCGUGCUAAAGAAGUGCCCAAGCCAUAUCGUCGGUCUCUGACUCACGCCAAGCCACCAUACUCAUACAUCUCACUGAUCACAAUGGCGAUCCAACAGUCAACCAGCAAGAUGCUAACUCUGAAUGAGAUCUACCAGUGGAUCAUGGAUCUCUUCCCAUACUACCGUGAGAACCAACAGCGCUGGCAGAAUUCAAUCCGCCACUCACUCUCUUUCAAUGACUGCUUCGUUAAAGUUGCUCGUUCGCCUGAUAAACCUGGGAAAGGUUCUUACUGGGCACUGCAUCCCAACUCAGGCAACAUGUUCGAGAAUGGAUGCUACCUGAGGCGCCAGAAGCGCUUUAAAAUCGAUGAUAAGCCAGGAAAGAAGGGCAGGGGAAAGUCUCAGGAUGGUGUAAAUUCUAAACAUGGGAACAGUGAUGGUGUACAGGAGGACAGAAGCCCUGCUACAGGUUCAUCUGACGGUGCCGAUUCAGCCCAGUCUGAUGUUUCUCAUCCUGGCUCUGCAACUGAAGAGCAGCAAAUGGGUCUAGCACCGCUUGAGGGUCCACCUCAAAGCUCUAUUCCAUCCUCAAUGCCCCCUUCAGGAUCUCACCUGCAUUCCGAGGGCAUGAACACAAGUCCUCAUCUGCUCUCCAAUCCCAUCCAGCAUCAUCACCUGGAUUUGCAGAAUGACCCGCUCAAGUCCAUGGACCCUCAGUACAACUUCAACCACCCGUUUUCCAUCACCAACCUCAUGUCUAAUGAGCAGAAAAUGGAGCUCAAGUCAUAUCAAGAUCAUGUCAUGGCCUACAAUGGCUAUGCUGCUUCUUCACCUGUAGCCGCCAAACAGAUUUAUGACAGCGCUGGUCCCUCAAGCAUCGACUCAGGUGCCUAUUACCAGACCCUCUACAGCAGGUCUGUGCUUAAUGCUUCCUAGAGAGGCGUUUUCCAAAGAUUUUUGUUUUGGACAAAUCAGGUUGUAAGAAAACCUAUGAUUGGCAGCAGGCCUUCAAGACAACAGGAACAGGACAAUUAUUUCUCUGUCUCUGGCUACACAUGUUGAAAUUCAUAGGAAUGUCAUUGGAUUAGAUUAAAAAAAAAGUACACGUGUACAAGUGCUUACCCUGCCCCUCACUCUAAACUUAAAAACAAAAAACAUUUUAAACUUCCACACCAGCUGGAUUAUAAAGACAACUUGUGAAAGGGGACUUUAUAAACUCCUCAAACUCCUUAGUCAAAGGUAGUCAAUCAGUCAAGACAUGUUUGGAGUCUUAAGUUUGCUUCUUUAUAUUUGCAUUGGAGCUAGAGGUCUAACAAACCUAACAUUUAAGCGAAGUUUAUAGCCUCCAGUUUAGCAGAAUAUAAGCUUCAUGUCAUGUCUAUUUCUUCCUCAGCACAGUUCGAUAUCACUCCACAUGAGCAUCAGACUCUGGUGGAAGGUAUCGGCUACAGCUUGAAUGUGGAGAUAUAUGUUAGAAGAUAUAUUGUUCAAGUUAUUUGUAUACUUAGUGUUUUAAUACAGUUUCAUUCUGUCUCUUUUAAAAAUGUUUACGUACAAAUGGUGUUACUGAGCCAAACAAGGUCUUAAGGUCUAUCUAUUGAGUGCCAUACUGGUAACGUUAAAACAAGUCUUGGCUGAUCAACUAUAUUUGUGGCAGGGGGAUAACUGUACAUUACAUUCUUGACCAAAUUGUACUUUUAAUUGGGGUGAACAUACAGAAUCUGAUAUACCAAAAACACCCACCUCCACACAUAGGCCAGUCUGAUGAACCUACACACAAAUCGAUUUUUUUAAACCUUUGGCCUUUUUAAUGCCAGGGCCUAAAAAGGAGGAGGAGAUACAAAUGCGAAAUGUGUAUAUACACUGUCUGUGGCAAAAAGGGAAAAGCCAUUUAUUUAUGAAGGGAAGAAAUUAAUAUAUCUUAUUUUGCUUUUUUGUGUUUUGGGAUUAUUAUGGGUUGUAUAUUUUGUGUGAAUGUGCGUGUGUGUGUGUGUGUGUGUGUGUGUGUGUAAGUAAACCUAUGUUGCUACAGUACAGUCUCAUGUUACAGCAUAGCGUGGCGUUCCUGUUAGCAUAAAGUGCGCAAACGUGUAAUGUUGCAUUGCUACAUGUGUAAUGACUUUUUUUAAAAAAAAAAUAUGCCAAAAGUUUUUAAGUCUAUGCUUUUAAACAAACUGUGGUAAACAUUUUGGCUCAAAGCCCUUUUCCAGUAAUUAAACUCAGUCUUAAUAAGAAGAAAAGAAUUGUUCUGUUAUCAUUUGUGUGCCAGACCAAAGAUUUACUGGUUAGAAAGUGCUAGCCAUGUGCCGAAAUUACAUUUAAAUUUCACAUUAAUUACCUGUGCUUUAAUCCAAAUUUGCAAUAUUCUUACAACAACAGACCUUAUUUAUUUUAAGUUAAGUUUAAUGUGAUCAAUUUUUUUUUUUAAAUUGUUUAUAGGAGCAUUUAUGCAACAAAAUGUGGUAUAAAAAUCCAAUUUGAGAAGUACAUGUACGGAUUACAUAGUCAAGUUUAAAAAGCUUAUUUAUUUUUAAUUACACAGAAAUUUCAUGAAAUAAAUUGGAAUCUCAUAUUAAUAAAGAAAGAUAAAAAAACACUAAUUGAUGAGGCAUUCAAAUUACACAAAAAUAAAUGGCAAUUUUUAAAAAAAGGAGCAUAUGUUAAACCAGUUAGCUGCAAUGGCUGAGCUGCUUUACUGGAAACAGUACACACGACCAUUUUGUCAUUUUUAGCUCUCUGGGAGUUUUGUCAUGUACGUGUAAAGAAAAUCAUGGUUAUUGAGUUAAACUAAAAAUCUGGUGGGAAUGAAAGCCUUAACAAAACUUUACUAAACAAAUGAAUAAUAAAAAUGAAUAGAGUAAUGCACUAUUUAGUAUUCAGCUUCAUUAUAGCAAACUGUGCAUGUAAUGUUCAUUUACUUGCUAGCUUCUCAGCUCAAACCUAUUUGAGUUUUUAACUUAAAUCAGUUUAUAUAACAAGAUGACUAACAUUGCUGACUAACUAACGCCAGCCAGCAAACUACAAAUACAGCCGAUCAGGUCAUAACACAUUUGGCAUCUAGAUGCACCUAUGUUGAGCAAUGUCUUGUGAUAUUUUAAUAGCUGCUGAUCCUAACAGGAAAGAACAUGUAAACAUUAGUUGAGACAGAAAGCUAACUCCCAACUGUAAACAUAUUCCUGAGCUGGAAGCUGUUAAAGAGCUAGCAAGUUAAAUUGUAAGACAAAUAGUUAAAUAUAACCACAGGAAUUCUGGCAAUGUAUAAAAACAUGUACUGUUAAGUGUUAAUUCCUGUUGAACUGAGUUAGAAAUGCUUGCAAAGAGCGGUGAACUUCAUUUACACACAGUACUUUGCACUAGUGACCCCCUUGUUAAGGGAGGGGGUACAGUCAAUUUGUUACUACAAAGCCUUGCAACUACUUUAUUUCACACAAAAGAGGCAAAUCCAAUUGAUGACAUCAUGCUAACGUGUCACUCGUUGAUCAUCUCAGACUUUUAACAAGUUUUUUUUUCUCUUUUUCUUUUCUGUCGUGUCAAAAUAAACGGUUUGGAGUGAGGAAAAACAUUUCAGGUCAGAAAUGUGUUAUUGUUGUGUUAUUGUUUAUUUAAACUGUUUGCUUUCAGUCCUCAAAGAGAAAUGCAUUAAUAUAUGUGUAUAUAUUAUAUAUUGGCACGAAAGGUUGUUAUAUGGUAUAUUUUGUGUUCUUUUCUUAUUAAAAGACAAAAUUCUGGGGGA